AUGGUACCUUGGCGUGCUCUCUCCCUUCCUAUACUGCUGGUUUCAUUACGAGGAUACAUUUGUAUGUCAUCUAUCCUGACAGAAACAUCAGAAAGUGAGUUCUAUGAAAAUGAACAGAGAAGGGCUCUGUUAGCAAUACAGUCUGAAGCAACCUCUCCGAGAUAUUUUUUCCAUGAAGCUAUUAAUUGGGGUGAGAGUAAAAUAAAAGGUUCGUGUCCUCAUGAAUGCCUUAACGGGGCUUUCUGUUCUAAGACGGGUACGUGUGACUGUCAAAUAUUCCAAGCUCUCGGGACAAGGUGCCAGAUUGUCCCAAACAUGGGAAGUGGCAGAGAUGGGAUUUGCAAAACCUGGGGACAGUAUCACUUUGAAACAUUUGAUGGAAUCUACUAUUACUUCCCAGGAAGCUGUUCUUAUAUAUUUGCAAAGGAUUGUGGUAAUUUGGAGCCUCAGUACACAGUAUGGGUCCAUAACAGCCCAAAGUGCCUUGGUUCUGUGUAUUCAUGUUAUCGCUCCAUCAGCUUAUUUUUUUCAAAUCAAGAGGAAAUUAGAAUCUAUGGACAUGAAAUAAGAAAGAAUGGGCUCAGUUUAUCUUUGCCUCAGACAAUUGGGCAGGUCCACUUUGAGAAGCUAGCUGACUACAUUCUGGUGAAAACGACUUUUGGAUUUUCCUUGGCUUGGGAUGGAAUAUCGGGAAUUUAUCUCAAACUAUCUGAGGAGCACAGAGGGAAAUCAUGUGGCUUGUGUGCAAAUUAUAAUGGCAUUCAGUCAGACGACUUUGUGAUUCUGCAAGAGGACUACACAGAAGACAUUGCUAUGUUUGCAAAUAGCUGGCUGGUGCUAACUCCAGACGAUGCUAAAUGUGUCCCCACUCCCUCAGACUUUCCAAAUCCAUGUUCCAGUGGGAUGCCAGCAUUUGAGGCCAUCUUCUUCAAGUGCCAGAUAUUGUUACAGUUCCCCUUUCUGAGCUGUCACGAAUACAUUGACCCAUACUUAUAUAUUGCCAGCUGUGUUAAUGAUCUGUGCAAAACUGAUGAUGAUGAAACUUACUGCCGAGCAGCCACUGAGUAUGCUAGAGCCUGCUCCCAUGCCGGCUUCCCCAUUCAAGACUGGAGGGAUGACUUCCCAGCAUGCACUGAUAAAUGUGACGACAGCUUUGUCCACCGGGAUUGUAUCAGUUGUUGCCCACCGAGCUGCACGUUUGACAAACAGUGUCUUGGGAGCAGUCUUCACUGUCUUGAUGGAUGCUAUUGCGCAGACGGCCUCAUAAUGGACAAUGGAACUUGCAUCUCUUUGGAGAGCUGCCCAUGUACAUUUCAUGGAUUAGCUUAUUCAGUUGGUUCAAAAAUUGAGCAAGAGUGCACUGAAUGUGUAUGUGUUGGUGGAGUUUGGAACUGCACCGAGCAUGACUGUCCAGUUCAGUGUUCUGUUGUGGGUGACUCUCACUUCACCACCUUUGAUGGGCGCCAUUAUUCUUUUAUUGGCUUGUGUCAGUACAUCCUUGUGAAAGGAACAGGAAAAGACAGAUUCACAAUCACUCUACAGAAGGCUCACUGCGAACAGAACCUGGGUUUGGUUUGCCUUCAGUCCAUCACUCUAAUUCUGGAAGAUGACUUUAACAAACAAGUGACACUCAGCAGGGGAGGCCAGAUCCUCACCAGUCCCAACCAAGGCUUCACCCUGAACGGCAUUGUUGAAAUUCAAACCCUGUCAUCCUUAUUCAUUCUCCUAAGAACUACCUUUGGUUUAAAGAUCUUGUUUGCUAUUGACGGCGAAAGAAUUUACAUUCAGCUUUCCAGCGCCUGGAAAAGGAGGACGUUAGGUCUGUGCGGCACCUUUAACGGCAACAUCAGGGAUGACUUUCUUUCUCCAUCAGGCAUGAUCGAAGGAACCCCACAGCUUCACGCACAUGCGUGGAGAGUUUCCUCCACGUGUUUUGCGCCUGUCCAUGUCCCGAUGGUGGAUCCCUGCAAUAUUAACCAACAGAACAUUGGGUAUGCAGCGCACUGUGAUGUCAUCCACCAGGAGCUCUUUGCUCCCUGUCAUGUCUACGUCAGUCCAGGGCUGUACUACCAGCUGUGUCGCCAUGACGCAUGCAAGUGCGGAAGCUCCUGCCUGUGCAAUGCUCUUGCCCACUAUGCCUACCUGUGUGGUCAGCGCGGUGUGCCCAUUGAUUUCAGAGCUCAGAUCUCCUUCUGUGCUGUGGUGUGCCAGAAGGGCAUGCUGUACCACCACUGUUCCUCAUUCUGCCUCCGUUCCUGCACCUCUCUCUCCUCCCCUGAGCAGUGCAAAGACGACUGUGCUGAAGGAUGUAACUGUCCCGAAGGGAAAUUCUAUGAAGACACUCUUAACUUUUGUGUGCCCAUAUAUCACUGCCGCUGUCAUUAUAGGGGGAGCAUUUAUCAGCCAGGGGAGCUCAUCCCAACACCCUCAGGCUUAUGCCAGUGUUCAAAUGGGACUGUGAAGUGUGAUGAGCCAGCAACACCCUCUACUGUCCACGCCUGCCCAGAAGGGAAGGAAUAUUUUGACUGCAGGUUUCCUGACCCUGAAUUACCAGCUGGUGGCAUAAACUGUGAGACCACGUGUGCAAACCUGGCCAUGAACUUCACCUGUGCCCCAUCCUCGCCUUGCAUCAGCGGCUGCGUUUGUGCAGCAGGAAUGGCAGAGCACAAAGGAAAAUGCUAUGUUCCUGAAAGCUGUCCCUGCAUCUGGAAAGACUGGGAGUAUGUCUCAGGGGAAGUCAUCUCUACACCUUGUUACACCUGUGUUUGUCGACGGGGAAUGUUCAAUUGCACGUAUUAUCCAUGUCCUGCAGUGUGCACAGUAUAUGGGGACCGGCAUUAUCAUUCCUUUGAUGGGUUGGAAUAUGACUAUAUCAGCGAUUGCCAGGUGUUUUUAAUCAAGAGUACAGAUGAUUCUGAUAUAUCUGUGAUCUCCCAGAACAAGAAAUGCUUUGACAAUGACAUUGUUUGUUCUAAAAGUGUUUUGAUAUCAAUUGGAGACACUGAAAUCUACCUCAACGAUGCCCCUUACAAACAGAAGCGAUCAGGUUUUUUCCUGGAAAGCAAACCUGAAUACCAGCUAUGGAAGGCUGGGUUUUACAUUGUAAUAUACUUCCCGGAGGAAGAUAUUACCAUUCUGUGGGAUGAGAAGACAACCAUCCACAUCAAAGUCGGGCCACAGUGGAAGAACAAGCUGGCAGGAUUAUGUGGUAACUUUGACAAAUGUACUUCAAAUGACAUGACAACAUCUAAUAACAUAGAAGUGAGAAAUGCUCAGGUGUUCGGAGACAGCUGGGCCUUAGGACAGUGUGAAGAUCUUGUCGAGGCACUGAAGCCCUGCGAGGCACACCAAAACAAAUUCCCCUAUGCCAAGAGAGAAUGUUCCAUUCUGUACAGUGAUGUUUUUGCUCCUUGUCGCAAUGUGAUUGAUGUUACUUCUUUUGCCAAAAACUGCCAUGAAGACACGUGUAACUGCAACCUGGGUGGGGACUGUGAAUGUCUAUGUACCAGUGUAGCCGCAUAUGCUUACAAAUGCUGCCAGGAAGGGGUGCCCGUUCACUGGAGGUCACCCACUGUCUGUGCCCUUGACUGUGAAUAUUAUAAUCAAGGGCUUGGAGAAGGACCAUAUAUGCUGGCCAGUUAUGGGCAAAGUGGCCUUGUUCUCGGUGCCAAUAUAACCAGCAGGAGCAUUUUCUCUUUGCCAAGAAACAGUGAUCGUGGUAAUUUAUUUUUUAUUUUUAUGAUCACUCCGGGCCUUUUCAAAGAGAAGACAUCCUCAUUGGCUCUUGUUUCCUUGGAAUCUGCUGAGAGGCCAAACUACUUUCUCUAUGUCCAUGACAAUGACACCCUUAGCUUGCGGCUGUGGCGGGAAAACUUGGAAUUUCGUCAGAGAGCUACAUUUUUCCACCACCAAGGCCUCUGGAUUCCUGGUUACAGUGCCUUUGAAUUAUACAGCAAGAAAGGCUACUUCAUCGUUUUUAUGGAUUCCAGUGUUAAGGCAUCAAAAUACGAUGAUUCGGAAGAAUUCAAGCAGUCAAGUAGCUUCAGCAUAGAAGAAAUCCAGGCAGUGGUACCUUACAGGAGGAUGUGUGAGUGGAGAUAUGAACCUUGUGCUACUCCGUGUUUUAAAACAUGCAGUGAUCCGGAAGCCCUAGCCUGUACAUUCCUUCCACCGGUUGAAGGAUGCUUGCCAUAUUGCCCCAAGAAUAUGAUCCUGGAUGAGGUCACUCUCAAAUGUGUUUAUCCAGAAGACUGCAUACCACUGUUUCCAACAGAACCAGCAUUAAUGCCACCAGACAUGGCUACUCCGUCAGACAUAACACCGACCCCAGGUUUGGAAUGUGAGCCUCAACAAUUUGAUCCUGUUUAUAACUGUAGCCAAUAUAUCUGCCUUAACAUGGAGUGGACCUUUUACAACUGGUCUCUGAAUUGCCCGAAGGACUUGGAAAUGCCAGACUGUGGGUUCCGAGGAUGGCCUGUUCAAGUGAACACUGAUAUAUGCUGUCCUGAGUGGGAGUGUCCCUGUCGGUGCUCCAUGUUGUCAGAGCUGAGUAUCAUUACAUUUGAUGGAAACAAUGCUGCACUAUCCAGCAUGGCUUCUUACAUCUUAGUAAGAAUCCCCGGGGAAAUUGUGGUUGUUCACAUUGACAAAUGUUCCAUGAAUCAGAAUGGACAUGCCCUUAAAAAGCCAGCUUCUUUUGGACGAAUCUCAGGACUUUGCUUUAAGAAGCUAAAUGUGACAACAUCUAUACAUAAAAUACUUAUCAACAGAGUAGCAAGAAAGGUGGAUGUGGAUUCUAUUGUUGUGCCUUUGCCCUUUUCAAGUCAUGAGCUGCUCAUAGAAGAUUCUGGAACAAUGUAUGUGAUUACUACUCCUGCUGGCUUAAUCAUAAAGUGGGCUCACCUUACAGGAAUCAUAGACAUUCACUUCGGCCCCCAGUUUAACUUGUCAUCUUACACAGAAGGGCUUUGUGGAAUUUGCAAUGACAAUCCAGACGAUGACCUCAGGAUGCAGAAUGGCACCAUCAUUACCAACAUGGAAGACAUAGAGUUAUUUAUCGGGAGCUGGGAAAUUGAGAAAUCAUUUGAAGUGACAAUGAGAAGACCUGUGAGGAACUGUACUGAGUAUGACUGCAGCCAUUGCAUUGAGUUGUUGAACAGAGAAGGUUUCAUUCCAUGCCAUGACAAAGUCUCACCAAGGGACUUCUGUGAAAAAAUGUGGAUCAACUACACCUACUUCUGGAGCUACGAAUGUGAUGCAAUCUCUGCAUAUGUGGCCCUGUGCAGCAAGUUUGAUAUCUGCAUUCAGUGGCGCACACCUGACUACUGCCCUCUGACCUGCCCAGAGGGAAAGGAAUAUCAGCCCUGUGUGAGACCAUGUGAAGCAAGAACGUGUCUCAACAAAUGGUUCUACGGACACUCCUCAUGUCUGAACGUGAGAGAAGACUGUGUGUGCAAGGAUGGGACCAUUCUUCACCGGCCAGAUAAAACUCUAUGCAUCCCAGAGCAAGAAUGUGUAUGCACUGACAGUGAGGAUCACCCGCGCAGUGCUGGGGAGAUUUGGAAUGGUGGCAUCGAUGAGUGUGCCCUCUACAAAUGUUUGGAGGAUGGAAGAAUUAUUCCUAUAGAGCCUAUCUGUGAUGAAGAACCUUCUCCCAUCUGUGAACGAGAAGCUGAAGUGGUCAUAGGCAUUGUUGAUAAGCUGACCUGCUGUUCUAAAAAAGUCUGUGGCUGUGACAUGACUUUGUGUGACAGGACCAUCCCGAUCUGCACAAGUAGCCAGAAGUUGAUCAUUGGCUAUAGUGCACUUUCUUGUUGCCCACAGUAUGAAUGUGAAUGUGAUAUAUUGAGAUGCCCCAAUAUUUCAACGCCAGUUUGCAGAGAUGACCAGUUUGUGCUUCAAGUUCGACAAGGAGAACCUUGCUGUUUCUACCCCUCCUGUGUUUGUAAGGCAUGCACUGAACCAACUCCGCAAUGUACAGAUGGGGAAUUCCUCACAGUUAAUCUCAAUACUACACAUUUAUGUUGUCCUGAGUACUACUGCGUUUGUGAGCCAGAUCUUUGUCCUCCACCAUCACUCGAGUGUGCAAAAGAUAUGAAUCUGGUGAAAGAAUUUAUAUCUGGACAAUGUUGCCCAAACUGGCACUGUGAAUGCAACUGUGAGAAUCUUGUCAUGCCAACUUGUGAAGUGGGAGAAUUUGCCACAAUAGAUCAAAACUUUGAGACUGUCUGUGGAUGUGUGCAGUAUCUCUGUGAAAAGGAUGAUGUAUGUGUGUUUCAAGAAGUAUCAGUAUUGAAUCCUGGCCAAUCUCUAAUAAAAUAUUUGGAAGAGGACUUUUGUCAUUCAAUCGAAUGUCUGGAUGAAAAAGAUAACUAUACAGACUUUCAUACUUUCAAUGUUACAGUGGUGAACUGUUCAAAAGACUGCGAUGUUCACCAAAUAUACAUUCCAUCCUCCAGCGAUUAUGAUUGCUGCGGGAGAUGUAGAAAUGUAUCCUGCAAAUUUCAUAUGGAAAAUGGAACAUCAGUUAUAUAUGAGGAGGGGAGCACUUGGCACCAUAACUGCAGCACGUACGAAUGUGUUAAUACUGAGGAGGGAGCAAAGAUUCUGAACUACAGCAUGGUUUGCCCUCCUUUUAAUGAGACUGAAUGCAAACUGAAUGAAGGGAUUGUAAAGCUUUAUAAUGAAGGCUGUUGCAAGAUCUGUAAACGAGAAGAAAGAAUAUGCCAGAAAGUGAUCAUUAAGUCGAUCAUAAAGAAGCAGGACUGUGUAAGCCAGAGCUCUAUUAGCGUGGCAUCUUGUGAUGGGAAGUGCCCAUCAGCCACCAUAUAUAACAUCAACGUUGAAAGUCACCUGAGGUUCUGCAAGUGCUGUCGCGAAAACGGAGUGCGGAAUGUGACGGUGCCUCUGCACUGCUCAGGAAAUGGCACUGAAGUUAUGUACACACUCCAGGAGCCUAUAGACUGCACGUGCCAGUGGAACUGA